CUCUUCCCCUACCAAUGUACAUUUUGCAGUUGGCCUAAGGCAUAGAAUUACUCGCAUAUACAUACAAUUUCUCCGUAUCUCAACACCUCUCUCUUUCUCUCUCUAGACUCUCUCCCUCUCUCCAAAUGAGGGGGCGCUUCCAUAGCUCGCAACGAAGGAUAACUCCCUUUAGAUGACGACACCCUUUUCAGCCGUCAUCGCCGCCACUAUACUGUUCCUUGCCGCCGUCUCCCCUCCGCCGCUGUGUGUCCAUGCGCUUGGCGGCUCCGCGGCCACCAUCGCCGUCGUCUACGGCUCUGCCACCACCAUCUGCACCAUAGCUGCGGAGCAAGCUAUCCAACAGAUUCAAUGUUGGAGUAACGGCCAAUUACUUCCGCCCAUCCUUCCUACCACCUCCUUCGACGCUGUCGCGGGCGGUAGCGACACCCUUUGCGGCGUUCGCUCCGGCGGUUUCAGCCUUCUCUGCUGGAACACGACCUUCAUCCCCAAGAGGAUAUACAACAACGCUUCGGCUCCGCUAACUUCCCUUGCAAUUGGCGACACUCAAAUUUGUGCGCUUAAAAACGCCACCAUGGGAGAAAAUGCCAUUUGCUGGCGAGGAGAUAAUGUUUCUUCCGCUCAAUUUCCAAAUGGGAGCACACAAUUUCGCGUGAUUUCAUCGGGGUUGGGAUUCUCUUGCGGAGUUCUGGAUAGUAACAAUCAGGUCUUAUGUUGGGGAGAUGAUGGUAUUUCUCGUUCGAUUGAAAUGGAGUUUGCAAACUUAUCCAUGGCAAAUGUUCAAGUAGGUGGAAGGCAUGCUUGUGGAAUUGAUAAUUCGGGAUUUGUAGUUUGCAAAGGAGAUAAUAACAAUGGGCAGUUGAAUAUACCGGCAAAUUCAGCAUACGAAUACAGGGCCUUGGCGCUCGGAGCAAACCAUAGUUGCGCGCUCAGAAGAUUGAACCGCACGGUGGUCUGUUGGGGCGGAAAUGGUGAAUUUUCGAGUAAUAUUACUAAUGGGAUUUCAUUUGAGUCCAUUGUUGCAGGUCUUAAUUUCACUUGUGGAUUGAUCACUAGCAACUUUACAGUAAUCUGUUGGGGCCCUGGUUGGCCUAAUUAUGCUUCAGGGAUUGAGCUGCCCUUGCAGAAGACUCUUCCAGGCCCCUGCGUCAACACGCCUUGUCAAUGUAAUAUAUAUCCUGAAUCCCAAACUCUUUGUUCUGGAAAUGGUCAUAUUUGUAGGGCUUGUGAUAUUCCGAUUUCGAUUUCACCACCAUCACUUCCAUUACCACCUAGCGUUAGUCCCUCCCCUUCUUCACCGUCCAGAGGGCUCAGAAGGGGUUUAUUGGCUUUCGUGAUUGUUGGAUCAGUUGGGGGAUUCGCAGGUAUUUGUUCGGUAAUAUAUUGUUUGUGGGCUGGUGUUUGUUUUGGGAAGAAGAAGAUACAUAAUUCUGUGCAGCCAACCAUUACUGGUGCUAAUGCCGCUCAGCAAUCUGGCAGCAAUCCGCCUUCCCGAUCGGCCACUCUUAGGCGCCAAGGCUCUAUGCUCAUAAGACGUCAGAGGAGUGGAACGUCGUCCAAACACGCAGACAAGGCCGAGGAGUUUUUGUUUUCUGACCUUGCAGCUGCUACCAAUGAUUUCUCUUUAGAGAACAAGAUAGGUGCCGGGAGUUUUGGGGUCGUUUACAAAGGGAAACUACCUGAUGGACGUGAAGUCGCUAUUAAGAGAAGCGAGACGGGCCCAAAAACAAAGAAAUUCCAAGAGAAAGAGACCGCGUUCGAGUCAGAACUUGCGUUCUUAUCUCGACUUCAUCACAAGCAUUUGGUUAGGCUGGUUGGUUACUGUGAAGAGAGGGAUGAAAGAUUGUUGGUUUAUGAGUAUAUGAAGAAUGGAGCUCUUUAUGAUCAUUUACAUGACAAGAACAAUGUCCAGAAGAGUAGCAGUGUGCUAAAUUCUUGGAAGAUUAGGAUAAAGAUUGCACUAGAUGCUGCUCGUGGCAUCGAGUACCUGCAUAACUAUGCAGUCCCCCCCAUAAUCCAUAGGGACAUUAAGUCUUCAAACAUCUUGCUGGACGCAAACUGGACAGCAAGAGUUUCGGAUUUUGGGUUGUCGUUAAUGGGGCCGGAGAAUGACCGUGAUUACAGGCCGAUGAAGGCGGCCGGUACCGUUGGUUACAUAGAUCCAGAAUAUUAUGGACUAAAUGUCUUGACUGCAAAAAGUGAUGUUUAUGGUCUUGGAGUAGUGUUGUUAGAACUUCUGACAGGGAAGAGGGCUAUCUUCAAAACGGGUGAAAAUGGGGGUGCCCCUAUCAGCGUGGUUGACUAUGCUGUUCCAGCAAUAUUGGCCGGAGAAUUGGGCAGGAUUCUCGACCAUCGGGUCGGUCCGCCUGAGCUGAAUGAAUCUGAGGCGGUGGAGUUGGUGGCAUACACCGCUAUGCAUUGCGUGCAUUUGGAAGGCAAAGAUAGGCCUACAAUGACUGACAUUGUUGCCAAUUUGGAAAGAGCGUUGGCUCUAUGUGCAGAUAGCCAUGGCAGCAUCUCAAGUGGACCAAUCUCCAUUGUUUCAGACUGAAAUUUAGAAUAGACAAAAACAAAAGAAUUUGAUUCUUUUCCUCUGUUUUUUCUUCCACUUUUUGAGAUUGUUUUCAGCUGAAUUUGUUGGUAUAUUUUUGUAGAGUAAAGGAGAUUUUUUCUAACACUGAGCUGUAGUGUGGGAGUUUUUGUAAAAUCAUUGAUAGCCACCACUACUUCUUCACAUAAUUAUUUCUCAAGGAAUCGUUCAAU